AUGGGUAAAACGGGAAACAACUUGACACAAAAUGAUAUUAAUUAUCACAAUCAAAGCAAUUCAAAUCAGUCGAUGCAUCCAGAAGCAGAAAAUACAACAAAUAAAGAAGGUAAUGAAAAUGAUUUUAGAUAUCCAUAUCGUCACACUCGCAAAAGGAGAAAUGAUCACGGUGAUGAUGAAGUUACAUCACAGGCUCCGUUUACACCCAAGCGUCGAAAUACUGAACAGAUAGACAAUAGCUCAAGUAGUCCGCACGGAUGUCAAGGAGAAACAACUACAGCUUCAUCUUAUUUUAACAACAAUCGAGUAUUUCGUAAACAAACAAACGAAGUACCAAAUCAACAUCAUACACAUGAAUCAUCAAAUAGAAAACAACAACAACAACGAGCGCAUGAAUCAUUUCCACCCUUUAGAAUAAAGCUGAAAGAUGGCAAUUAUCCAGUUCAAGAUGUCACCAUUAUCAAGGAUUUAAAUAAAAAAUGUAAGUUAAACUUAACAUACGGUCGAAUGUCAACCUCGAACAACGAUAAACACUACCUACUCUAUUGUAAUACAGCAACGCAGUUCGAGACACUUUUGGACAAAUCGAACUGGCCAGAAACCAUUUGCAAUUGUAUGUAUUCAAUUGAUAUGCCUCGAAGAUUUCCAUCUUCAUAUUCGGUGGUGGUGUUGAACAUUCCAACGCAAUGGAACGUUCAAGAUUUUUGUGAGGAGCUCAAAUUAAGAUACAAAACAAUCAUUAAAUGUGAACGUAUGUUUGUAAAAGGGGGUCGACCUAUACCGAGAAUUCGUAUUGACUUUUCAUCAAAUAAAGAAUUAACAGAAAUAAUACAGAACAAACGCAUACUACUUGAUGAUGAUAAUACAGCUUAUACGAUUGAACCGUACGUUUCACCGACUAGAAUUCUAAGAUGUUAUAACUGUCAACAAUAUGAUGACCACAUUGCUGCGCGAUGUCCUAAUAAGGACAAACCAAUAUGCUUUAAAUGUGGACAACAGCAUAAUUUUAACCCAGAUUGUCAAAAUGCGAUUUGUUGUGCACAUUGUAAAGGCAAUCACAUGGCGGGUAAUCCGAAUUGUCCACAAAAAAUUGCAACACGCGAAAAUAAAAAAAUUCAAAUGACAACAAUAGGACAAAUACGAACAACACAAACUCCUAACUCAAACGUAUGGGCAGGAGAUGCAGCUCACCAUCUAUUUGGAAAUGCAUCAACAACGAAAUCAUUAAUACUGAAUAAGGUUCAGAACAAUAUUAAUGCUGAUUUAAUGAAAAAAUUGGAUUCAAUAGAGAACAACAUACAAACGAUUUUAAAGCAACAAGCAGACCUCAGCCAACUAUUUAAUGAUACAAAUACAAAAAUCAACAACCAAGCAAUGGACAUUCUAAAUAUUAACUGCAUUUUAAAUGAUAUUGUAUGCCCAUUGUUGAAAGAUGUAACAAAUAUAAUUUACACACAGAUUAAUACGCAGCAAAAGCAACAAAUAAAUCCAAUUUAUAACAGGUUGGUCAGUUUCCUGGAACAAAAAGAUUCAAGUUACGCAGGACUUCACAUACAACAUAAUACGAAGACGUUACAACAACAACGUACAACAACACCUAAUCCACAAAUGACAGUAACAUCUAACGACAUACGUAUGACAACGUACGAUGAAUCCACAUGCUAA